GUUGAGCUGGUCACCCGAGGUGAGGCUGCCCUGUAAAAACACACAAAUCUUACAAACUGAAUUCUGAUUUUAAGGUUAAAAAAUGCUUUAAAGAUGCAGAUCAACAGUCCUAAGACUACAUCCAUGAACAGUGACAGAAUAAGAGGCACCAUCAAGCACGCAUGCAUGUUUAAGCAAUCUUUAUAGGCAGCGCCAACACUGAAUUCUGCAGCCUUCUGUAAGUAAUGCAAUAACCAUAUCAGAAUAACAGAAAGACGCAAAUAUGUUGUUACAUUUUGGAAUUUGAGCAGCUUUGUUGAUGGGGGAGGUCUGGUGUCGGAAAUGUAAUGAUGGGCUAAUCCCCUCGCCUGCGUAAUGAGAGCUGGUGCCAAAAGCAAGGCUCAAAACCAAACCGCCAUCUGUCUGACGGACACAGAUUGUUCUGACGAGAACACAGCUACGCGACGCGUUUUACGCACAACACGACCGCGGAAUUACACCAGAGUCCGAGCAGCUCUUUGUCACAUUAUGAUGGUCUAAUAUGCAGCACACGGCUGGGUACAUUUGUGAGAUCGAUAUACACUUUUACAGACUCGCAGAGUUGAUUGAUCUCUCGCUUUUAUCGCGCGUAAAACCUGUUUGGUGCGUCAGGAAGCAACAAACCGGCUGCAAAGUCUAGUUUUUUCUCCGAUAUUUGCAGCAGCGCAGAGAUUUUCUCACUAUGAUCUAUCUUCAGAUAGUCUGAAAUGACAAUAUGUGUAGUAUUGAUUACACCAUAUAACCUAGUCUUACUGUAAAUUACAACAUUGGUGUGAAUCUACAGAGGCAGGUUCCUAUAUGUACCAAGAGGGGGCACUACAGACAUUUGCUAACUCAUUCACAGCAUUUAACAGCCACAAUACCCAGAGCUGUCAACAUUUUUCAGUCGGAAUUAUGUUGUUAUGAAACUCUUUGAAAAUGUGUCUCUGAUUUUAAAUCUUACUCUCAUCAGUGGCCCUGAUUAGGCCAUUUCACACCGAUCCAGCGGCAUAAACCGAUUUCUACCGGCACACGGUGAUGGCAGUAAGAAUCACAUCUAUGCCGGUAUCGGCUUUUGCACGAUGUAACUGUAUUUAUGGUGAAUAAUAAAUAUGCCAUACAUGCCUGGUAAAUGAUCCGCGACGUGGAGCAUUGUAUAAUGUGUGAUUGCGUUCAGCUAAUAAAUGAAACAUGGCAAAAACAAGCAGUGUUUCAGCCAAAGUAUUGUUUGGUUGGUCCGCUCUAAAUUUCUGUUACUUUACUCUCAUUUCAAAAGCAUAUCGCAAAUAUCACAACAACAGGACAAGGGCAGAAACUUAUACAUUCCUUUGUUUAUAAAGAAAGAAAGAAAUAUCCAUUUACGGCAGUGCUUGGGAAACUAUCUCAUUGGCAUCACAUUUGCAUAUGCAUCAGGGGGCGGUACUGGUGUGACAGGCUUAGCACUGUUAAGCGGCACCUGCAGGUAGGAAACGGGAUGCGCCGGUGAAACAGAGCGGCGUACCACUCUAGGAUCGGCAUAUACCGCUGAACCGCCAGUGGCAUACCAUCAGCCACUUUUCGCUCUCGGUGUCACUCGAUAUUUGAGUUAAAACAACAAGAUGGAAACCUUCACAACAGCUCCGGAGCUGAACCACACUCUGGGGAACUGGACGGAAUACAGUAUCCAGUACAAAGUCAUCAGUAGUUCGCUGCUUUUCCUGAUUUGUGUUUUAGGAAUCGUUGGCAAUGUUAUGGUCAUCCUGGUGGUACUCACCACCAAACACAUGAGGACUCCAACCAACUGCUACCUGGUGAGUUUGGCUGUGGCUGAUCUGAUGGUGCUGACAGCGGCUGGUUUACCUUCCAUCACGGACAGUAUCUUUGGAUCUUGGGUGUUUGGCCACUAUGGGUGCCUCUGCAUCACCUACUUUCAGUAUCUCGGGAUCAACGCCUCCUCUUGCUCCAUAACAGCGUUCACUAUAGAGAGAUACAUCGCCAUCUGCCAUCCGAUUAAAGCUCAGUUUCUGUGCACCCUGUCCAGAGCAAAAAAGAUCAUUUUGGUCGUUUGGGCUUUUACUUCUCUUUACUGUGUGAUGUGGUUCUACCUGUCAGACAUCCAGGAGCUGGUGUACGACAACAUCACCAUCAUCACGUGCGGCUACAGAGUCUCCAGGAAGUUUUAUUUACCCAUUUACUUUUUUGAUUUCGGCGUCUUCUUCGUGUUGCCGCUGCUGCUCUCUGCGGUUUUGUACGGACUCAUCGCCAGGAUCCUCUUCCUCAACCCGCUGCCCUCCGACGCCAAAGACAAGAAGAAGAACGGGCAGAACAACCACACCACCGAUAAGCGAACCAGCUGCAAAAACUCCCGUCACUCCAGCUCCACCGCGACCUCCCGCAGACAGGUGACCAAGAUGCUGGCUGUGGUGGUGAUCCUCUUUGCCAUACUCUGGAUGCCGUACCGCACUCUGGUGGUGGUCAACUCCUUCCUGGACCCGGCCUACCUGGACAACUGGUUCGUGCUUUUCUGCCGGAUCUGCAUCUACCUCAACAGUGCCAUCAACCCCGUCAUCUACAAUGCCAUGUCUCAGAAGUUUCGCGCCGCUUUCCGCAAGAUCUGCCGCUGUGGGAGGAAAGGCUCUGAUAAACCCGCCACCUACAGCGUGGCCCUCACGUACAGCACAGUCAAGGAUACGUCGAUGGUGGAGAGCACCGAUCACUUCACAACAGAGCUGGAGGAGCUCACUGUCACAGACGAACUGCUGACUGAUCAGAAAAUGAUGUUCCCAGACCCCUGUGUGUACGGGAAGGUGAAUUUCAGUGACGCCUGAGGUUCGUUUGAGGCCAGAAAGAUGAUUCUGAGAGUCAAUGGAGGAUUAAAGAGUUUGAAAAUGUUGCUUAAUGGAGUCUGUUAAGUGAGAAUAUUGUUUCCUGAGUGCCUGCUGACCUUUUCAAAGCCAGGCUGCUGUAGCUAGAGAUGUAAACAGAUUACAGCCACUGAUGUGUAAUGACAGUCUUUGAGGCACAAAGCCAAACAUGCUCUUUGUUGAGAAUGAUCCCGGACAUUGUAAAGCAACAAACAUCGACAGAUAAGCCCUCUUUUAUCGAAUAGCUGUUAUCUUAUCUUGGCCCUACCCACGUACUAUACUGUGUAUGAGUCAAUAAAACAAAAAACCUAUUCCCACUUCACAUAUAUGGUGUUUUGCCACAAUCGAGACCAGCACAGACUCAUUUCUGAUCUUUAAAGCUGCACAGGGCAGGAUGGCACGCUGACAGCUCCAAAUGGCAGCGAGAUGUCUGACACAAUGUGAACUCCAAUACCCAGAAAUCCUGCAACAUGAGAGUCAGUAAAUAGCCUUCGACACAUUCAUAUUUACCAACACAGCCGGUCAUUGACGCUUUAAUACCAAAGGAUACCAAAGAGAUCGCAGAAGCAAAAAGAAUAAUGCCAACAAGUCCGGCUUGGAAGUGUGGAAUUCAAUCUUUAUGUUUUGAUUCACCAUUUUUCCAAGAGUAAAUUGACUGUGCUGUACAUACUAAAAUUCAGGAUGGGUCAGUUUCCUCAGCUUCAGACAGACUUUGAGAUUUAAGCUGAGAAAAAAGCGAUAUUUUUAAAAACCAACAAACCCUCACCCUGUGCAGCUUUAAUAACUGCAUGCCAUCCUGCCCUCCUGAUGUUUUCUGGGCAGGUGGUCCAUUAAAGGGUGAGUCACACCUGAACCUUCGCGGACAAAACAGACCCUAUUUUUACUGUGAAGGACAUGUAUACGGCCUCGAGCUUAAUGUAAAAAACCUAGACAGACUGUGCUGAAUGUGGUCUGGAGGCCCGAGUCUUUAUAAGGUCUCUUGAUUGGUAUGUUGAGUGUUCACUGAAAGAGAACAUAAAGUACUUUGUAUUUGAAUUAAAAAAAAAGUGCCAUAAUGAAGUUUAUUAUGUGUUGUUAUAGCUCCCACAGUACCAUCCUGUUUCUAAUAAGGCAUAAUUUAUAAGGUGACACUAAUGGCUUUAUUUAUAGGCAGGAAAUUAUUUAUAAUGCUUUAUAGAUUAGUAAAAAGCCAUUUGUCAGAACAACAUUUGGGUUCCCAGGUAUCCCUUUGGCUGCUGUGCGUUCAGCAUAACUUGAUUUGUCUACUUGUGUUGCUCUUUAAAGGAAUAUUCUUUACGAUUUUCAAGAAAUCAAACCUGUCUUUUCAAUGCUGCUUAUGCUCGGCAUUUUUUCAGCAAUAGCCAUUGAAUAUAUCUGCAUUCAGUAAUUACCUUUCUAUAUAGUAGUUUUCAUGUUAGUGGCUGAGUCCGCCAUUCCCACAUAGGAUUCAAAUUACGCACGAGGGCUUCACAGGAAACGACUUCACAGGAAAUGUAUGUAAUCUUCAAUUACUGUUUGUUAUUUUAUCGCAUUGAUAUCAGCUUGGAAAAACAACUAGAGCUUUGUAGGUGGGAUUAAGAAUGGGGGGCGUAAUUUUCAUGUGCCAAUGUCAGAAUCUAUUCAAAAUAAAAAUGGCAUUGUAGGUGUGGAUGAGAUGGAUGCAGCAAGUCAACUUACACAUAUAAUAACUCUUAAAUUGACAAAUUUCUUUGAUAAACAAGACAAGCAUUAAGUGAACUGUACCUAGCAAGCGCUACUAUGAACAUUUCCAUUGGGAAAAGGGCUGGAGAGAAUUUAUACCAAAAUCCUUCUAUUAACAACUUAAAUAUUUACAACUUGUUAGGCUAUUGUAGAGAAAGAACCUUUAAAGAGCAUCUUAACACCAGGCUGAAAAGCAGUGUUUCACUGCCCUCUCUGGCCUAAAGUUGCACCUGCAAAAACACCCACCAGUGAUGUCACAGAGUACUGACACAGCCUUGAGUACACUUCUACAUCACUGCAGCAAGGUCAGCACAAACUUUCACUGCUAAGUUGCUUCUUAAAACUUUAUAAAUAAAUUAAUGAAAGUAUUAAUACAUUUAUUAAUAAUGGCUUAUUUCAUAAAGUAAGAAAGUCACAACCCUUUAUUGAUGACUUUCUCAGCCUUUUAAGAGUCAAGUUAAUUAUAUAUCAGUUAUAUAUGCUAAUAAACUGUUAACACAUAUUUUAAUACAACUUUCGUAACAACUUAUAAGCCCUUUAUAAAAUAUGCCUUAUUAGACAACGGUACCUCCCUCACUUAUACAUUUCAAAAACGUUUUCAAAAAAUUUUUGUUUGAGCAGCAGUGGUUGUAAACCUCAAUGUUUUACAGUGUGAAAGACUGUAUAUAGUGCUUACAGAGAUUUGGUGUAACAUAAAGAAUAUGUUGAUAUAUUUCAGCUGCAGCACUAGUGAAGUGAACGUUUUGGUCCGUGUUUCGUAUCAUGUGAACUGUGGAUUUAACAAACCAUCGCUUUGCUCGUCUCACUUUUUAGUUGUAAAAGCCGUCAGUGAGCCGGUGAACAUGGCUGGAUUGGCAUGUGAUGUUUAGAUAUGCUGAUGUUGUGUGGCAUUUUCUUCCAGAUCAGUGACUGUUUGAUUUUCUGAGCACACAGGGGAAUAUAAUUGGGCAGCAGCAGCAGAAGACACGGCAGAGGAAGAUGAAGCUUUCACUCUCAAACAGAGUUUCAUUCACCACUGUGUGUGGAAAAUGUCAAAUAACAGCUGCAGUUUUUGUUUAAUGAUUGUAACAAUACUGUACAUACCUUGAGUAUAGAUUCAUGCACUUGUAUGUUCCCUGUGUAUUUAAAGUGAUUGUUAUUUAUGGUAACUCUUGUAUUUGUAUGGGGGGGAAGAGAAGUUAUCUGUAUAUUUUUAUGUCACUCUUGUUUUCAUUAUUGCCUGUUAAAGAAUUAUAAAUAUUAUUUUGUGAUGUACAAUUUGGAAGCUGCUGCCUUAGUCUUGCUUUUUACAGUAAUGUGAUCCUGUGAGUAUGUUUGAUGGUUAUCAAGAAAUUAAUAAUUUGUACAUUUUAUCUUUAUGUCCCAAAUAAAGUUGUUUCUGGAGUAGA